CACCGUCGCUGAUGACUUGAUACCGGAAUUAAAAUUCGUCCAAAAAUUCACUCAAAAUCAGAUCAGUGUGACCGUAAAAUUAUGGCACGAUUUAAUGUCGGUAAAAUAAUCCUAUCAACUUUUAUAUUGUUUAAUAUUUUACGAUAUUAUUCGUUAUAUGUGUAUGUAUAUGCGGUUAUUACUGUUGAUGAUAAUGAUAAUGAUCCGAGUGCUGUUAUUCUCCGGCCAACGUAUUCCGGUAACAACCGCCAUACGAUGUUUUUACCGCUUUUUCCGUCUCCGCCUAAUUCGUCGCGAAGCUCCGGUUUUUCCGGCGACGGAAUGUCUCGCCGGCAUCUUCAGAAGUCCGAUAGUCGCCGGCCGAAUGCGCGGAUGGCGCUACAUGAUGAUCUCCUUCUCAACGGGUAUUAUACGACGAGGCUGUGGAUAGGUUCUCCACCGCAGAGGUUUGCGCUUAUCGUUGACACCGGAAGCACGGUUACUUAUGUUCCGUGUUCAACGUGUGAACAAUGUGGCAAGCAUCAGGACCCAAAGUUUGAUCCAGAAUCAUCCGACACAUAUGAACCUGUGAAAUGCAAUAUUGAUUGCACAUGUGACAAUGACAAGAAGCAAUGUGUGUAUGAAAGGCAGUAUGCUGAAAUGAGUUCUAGCAGUGGUGUCCUGGGUGAGGAUAUUGUAUCAUUUGGCGACCAAAGUGAUCUUCCACCUCAGCGUGCUACUUUUGGUUGUGAAAAUUUGGAAACUGGUGAUCUUUACAGUCAACAUGCUGAUGGAAUAAUGGGCUUGGGCCGUGGCGAUCUGAGUCUAGUUGAUCAACUUGUUGAUAAUGGUGUGAUAAGUGAUUCUUUUUCUUUGUGUUAUGGUGGAAUGGACGUUGGUGGUGGUGCCAUGGUUCUUGGUGGUAUUUCUCCUCCAUCUGGGAUGGUCUAUGCCUACUCAGACCCUGUACGCAGCCCAUAUUACAAUGUUGAGCUGAAGGAGUUGCAUGUUGCUGGAAAGCGGUUGCCUCUAAAACCCAGUGUUUUUGAUGGAAAACAUGGAACAGUCCUAGACAGCGGAACGACAUAUGCGUAUCUACCUGAAGCUGCUUUUCUUGCAUUUAAGGAUGCUAUCAUGAAAGAACUCCAUUCUCUUAAACAGAUCAGAGGUCCUGAUCCAAGUUAUCGUGACAUUUGCUUCUCUGGUGCCGGAAGUGAUGUUUCCAAACUAUCAGAUACCUUCCCGUCAGUUGAAAUGGUUUUUGGAAAAGGACAUAAGUUGUCACUGUCCCCUGAAAACUACUUGUUUAGGCACUCAAAGGUUCGUGGUGCAUAUUGCCUGGGGUUUUUUCAGAAUGGAAAGGAUCCAACAACUCUGUUAGGAGGCAUCAUUACGCGCAAUACUUUUGUUAUGUAUGACCGUGAACAUGACAAGAUUGGGUUUUGGAAAACUAAUUGUUCUGAUCUAUGGGCAAAACUUCAUCCUUCUGAUGUGCCCCCAUCUUUACCAGAUGGAUCAAAUUCUACUGCAGAUAUGUCUCCUUCUUCAGCUCCAAUCGGGACGCCAUAUCAUAUCUCUCCGGGGUCGAAAGUUGGAAGCAUAAUUUUUUAUAUGUCACUGAAUAUUAGAUACUCUAAGUUGGAACCCCACAUCUCCGAGCUUACUCAGUUACUUGCCAUGGAGUUGCAUGUUAAUACUUCACAGGUUAACUUGCUGGAUUUUACAUCUGAGGGAAAUGGUUCCCUUACAAUAUGGUCCAUAACUCCACCAAAACCUGCUGAAUAUAUGUCUAACACAACUGCAUCUAAUAUUAUUGCUCGGAUAGCUGAAGAUGAGAUACACCUUCCUAAAAGCUUUGGGAAACAUCGCAUAUCCAAUUGGUAUAUUGAAUCCGAACCAAAUAGAACACGGUGGCAGAACUACAUGGCUGCAGUCAUGAUACUCAUCUUGGCUUUAAUAUUUGGUUUAUCAGCUCUUGUCACAUGGUGGUAUUGGAGACGACACAGACAUCAAACUAAAAUUCCAUAUAAGCCUGUAGAUUCAGCUGUGCCUGAGCAAGAACUUCAGCCGCUGUGAUCUAAAAAAUUAUUACAUCUCAAACCUGUGUGGUCGUGUUGGAUGGAUGGGUUACUGGGAUCAUCACUUGGUUGAUCAAUGUUUUGCUCAAUAGCACUGAUAGCACAUACUGAAAUUUGAUCAUGAUUGGUUGAUGCUAAAAAUUGGUUAUAAAUUUCCAAAAGCUAAUGUGGACAUCUUAUAGUAUCGGUAUAAAAUAUGCUUGAAAUUAUUAUGUGUAUAACCUUAUAGCUUACAGAUAAAUGGUACCUUGGUCUCUAUGGCCAAGUUCAUAGGUU